AUGAAGUGGACAUUAACUUCCCUCGUGGCUCUCGCCGCACCGACCAUUGCAUCGGAUUGCCACUGUUUGCCGAGUGAUAGCUGUUGGCCUACUCCAUCGGCUUGGGCCUCACUUAAUAGUACGGUCGGUGGUCGUCUGGUUGCGACCGUACCAAUUGGUAGUCCCUGCCAUGUACCCAACUACGAUGCUGCCGCCUGUGCAGCGCUCAGGGCCAACUGGAACAAGCCGGAGCCUCACCUUGACUCCUCUUCAUCGGUAAUGCAGACGUACUUUGCCAACCAGACUUGCGACCCGUUCACUGCUAAGUCUAAGCCCUGCCACCUCGGCAACUAUGUGAGCUACGCUGUGAAUGUCUCUUCCAGCGAUCAGGUUGUUGCUGCUGUGGAUUUUGCCCGUGAUAACAACAUCCGCUUCGUUAUCCGUAACACCGGCCAUGACUAUCUUGGUCGUUCAACCGGUGCCGGUGCCCUCUCUGUAUGGACUCACCACUUGAAUGAUGUCGAGUACAAGGACUGGUCGAGUUCGACUUACCAGGGCCCUGCGUUCAAGGUCGCUGCGGGUGUGGUUGGUUACCAGGUCCUCGAGGCCGCAUCUGCCAAGGGCCUCGUCGUUGUCACUGGAGAAUGCCCUACGGUCGGUCUUGCCGGUGGCUACACCCAGGGUGGUGGUCAUUCUGCCCUCAGCACCAUGUUCGGUCUUGGAGCCGAUAACACCCUGGAGUUCGAGGUGGUCACUGCUGCUGGCAAGCUGGUCAAGGCCUCACGCUCAGAGAAUGUCGAUCUCUUCUGGGCACUUAGUGGUGGUGGUGCCGGCAACUACGGUGUUGUCAUGUCUAUUGUUGUCAAGGCACACAAAGACGCGCCCAUUGCCGGUGCUGCUCUUACAUUCACCGCGGCAAACAUCACCACCGAUAUCUUCUACGAAGCAGUUUCGCAGUUCCACUCCCUUUUGCCCGCCAUGAUUGACCAUGGCGUUACUGUCAUCUACGAGAUGACUUCAAGCGUCUUCAUCAUCAACCCCAUCACAGCUUACAACCAGACUACUGAUGAUGUCAAAGCCAUCCUCGGUCCAUUCACCUCAAAGCUCACCAAGCUCAACAUCAAUUACCAAGCCAGCUUAAGCCAGUACGACUCGUACUAUGACCACUACAAUAGGUACAUGGGCCCUCUUCCUUGGGGUAAUCUAGCCGUGGCAAAUUAUCAGUACGGCGGCCGUCUGAUUCCCCGCAAGACCCUAGAGCAGAACUCCAACGGGAUGGCCUCAGCACUGCGCAACCUGACUCAGGCGGGGCUGAUUGCCGUCGGAGUCGGGAUGAACGUCUCUGCCCCGGUCAACGUCUCGAACGCAGUAUUCCCAGCCCUGCGCAACGCAGCAGUGACGAUGCAAAUCGGCACACCGUGGAAUGAGACCGCGCCGUGGUCCAAGAUGAUCGCAGACCAACACAAAAUGACGACUGAAUAUGUGCCUCAGCUCGAGGCUGUCACACCGGACAGUGGCUGUUAUCAGAAUGAGGCUAACUUCCGCCAGCCGAACUGGAAGCAGACUUUCUUUGGAAGUAACUAUCCCCGUCUGCUUGCUGUCAAGCGCAAGUGGGAUCCUUCGUCGUUUUUCUAUGCUCUCAAGGCUGUCGGUAGUGAUGUCUGGUCUGUGUCUGAGUCGGGACGGAUGUGUCGUGCUUAA